AUGGCGGCUGCUGCUGUUGCUGGAAAUUAUGCAUCUUUUCAGGUUCCAAUGCAUGGUUCUGUUGUGCCAGUACAAGCCGAAGGUUCGGAUGGGCAAUAUCAGCAGUACUGGUUUGACAUAAUUACAGGUCGAUUAGAAGCAAUGCUGCUUGAAGCUAAGGGAUUGUGGGCGAAGGCAGAAAAAGCUUACUCAAGCCUUCAGGAGGAUAAUCUACCAGAUCAUCAAGUAAUUCAAAAGAGGAUGGCAACUACGGAAAAGGCCGAAGGCAAUCUUUCAGGGGCCAUUGAAUGGCUAAAUAAAUAUUUGGAAAUAUUUAUGGCAGAUCAUGAUGCCUGGAGGGAACUUGCUGAAAUAUAUGUCUCUCCACAAAUGUACAAGCAAGCGGCUUUUUGCUAUGAAGAGCUAAUCUUAUCUCAACCAACAAAUCCACUGUAUCACCUAGCCUAUGCCGAUGUGUCCUCCCGUGUUACACAGGGAUACGACUCCAUUGUGGCGAGGGAGUGGUAUGCAGAGCUCCCAGAGGCCGUCCGUGAUUGGGUCGAUUAG